UUUUGGUGAAAAAAAAAUGAAAUGUUGUGUUGUGUUACAGGCUCAAAGGCCUGGCACAUGCGGUUAACCUUCGAACGGUUAUCGGGCGGCUGUAACUUGCACCGUUGUAAGCUGUGUGGCAAAGUAGUGACGCACAUCCGGAACCAUUAUCACGUCCAUUUCCCCGGGCGAUUCGAGUGCCCUCUGUGUCGAGCAACCUACACGCGGAGCGACAAUCUCCGGACCCACUGCAAAUUCAAGCAUCCCAUGUACAAUCCGGAUACCCGGAAAUUCGAGAAUAUGUUGACGCCGCAACAGGCGAUCGCUGCAGCGACCCUAAAUGCCCUGAAUAACACUCUGAGUGCAGCGGCGGCGGCACAGCAACAACAUCCUCUGAACAUUAGCAGCAAUAACAGCAACAACAAUAACAACAGCAGCAGUAACAACAACAGCACAGAUUGAUAUCCGUUCUAUCAAGCGGCGGCGGGGGCGGGGGAAUAUUCUCGAAGUACUUGGAACCAUUACGAAGGCGUGUCUUCGCCCACGACGACGAAAACUUACCUGCACUGGAAUCUCCAUCAUCACAAUAACAACGGGGAACGUGGCAGCGGCGGCAUGCUCGAAAAUACUCUUACCAAGCGCUCACUUAGCUUAGAUAACGUCAACAAUCAUCAUGCUGCCGGCGGCGUUCAUAACAGUAACGAACUUUAUUACAACAACAAGUAACGUAACAGU